ACUCGGUGCCCGCUGUCGUGCCAGAUGACUCGGUGCCUGCUGUCGAGCUUGGUGACCUGGUGCCCGCUGUCGUGCCAGAUGACUCGGUGCCCGCUGUCGAGCUUGGUGGCCCGGUGCCCGCUGCCUCGCCUGAUGGCCCGGUACCCGCUGCCCAGCCUGAUGGCCCGGUGCCCGCUGCCCAGCCUGACGUGCCCCGGCCACUGCCCAGCCUGACGUGCCUCCGGCCGCUGCCCAGCCUGACGUGCCUCCGGCCGCUGCCCAGCCUGACGUGCCUCCGGCCGCUGCCCAGCCUGACUGCCUCCGGCCGCUGACCAGCCUGUGUGCUUCCGGCCGCUGCCCAGCCUGACGUGCCUCCGGCCGCUGCCCAGCCUGACGUGCCAGCCCCUGAUAUCCAGCCAGAGGUGUAUUUAAGCAGGACCAGGCCUGUGAUCAGUGCCUUGGUGUAUGUUUCCCA